AAGGCUCCACCUCUCAGAUCUCCUGCCUCAGUGACGUCACACACUCCGCCACAUUCAUACUCCACCCGCAGCAGCCAUGAUGCAAGAAGGGCUGGACGAUGGUCCCGAUUUCCUCUCGGAAGAGGACAGAGGACCGAGGGCAGUGAAUGUGGAUCUUCAAACCGACGCUACACUACAGGUGGACAUUUCAGACGCUCUGAGCGAGAGAGACAAGGUCAAGUUCACCGUCCAUACAAAGAGCACUCUACCUAAUUUCAAGCAGAAUGAAUUUUCAGUUGUCAGACAGCAUGAAGAAUUUAUCUGGCUCCACGACUCGUUUGUGGAAAAUGAAGAAUACGCAGGUUAUAUUAUUCCUCCUGCUCCUCCGAGACCGGAUUUCGAUGCAUCUCGGGAGAAACUUCAGAAGCUGGGUGAAGGUGAAGGAUCUAUGACCAAGGAGGAAUUCACUAAGAUGAAACAGGAACUGGAGGCUGAAUAUCUGGCCAUCUUCAAGAAGACCGUGGCGAUGCAUGAGGUCUUUCUGUGCCGAGUUGCUGCCCAUCCCGUCCUGCGAAAAGACUUGAACUUUCAUGUUUUCUUAGAGUACAACCAAGACCUGAGUGUCCGAGGGAAAAACAAGAAGGAAAAGCUGGAGGAUUUCUUCAAGAACGUGGUGAAGUCUGCAGAUGGGGUUCUUGUGGCUGGAGUGAAGGACGUUGAUGAUUUCUUUGAACAUGAGAAGACAUUCCUUUUAGAGUACCACAACCGUGUCAAAGACGCGUCUGCCAAAUCUGAUCGAAUGAUCAGGUCUCACAAAAGUGCGGCGGAUGAUAUCAACAGAAUCGCCUCCACGCUGUACACCUUAGGAACCCAAGACUCCACAGAUCUGUGCAAAUUUUUCCUGAAAGUAUCAGAGCUUUUUGAGAAAACACGGAAAAUUGAAGCGCGCGUGGCGGCCGAUGAGGAUUUGAAACUUGCCGACUUGUUGAAGUACUACCUCAGAGAGUCGCAAGCCGCUAAGGACCUCCUGUACAGACGAGGAAGAGCAUUAGUUGAUUAUGAGAAUGCUAAUAAAGCUCUGGAUAAAGCCCGAGCUAAAAACAAGGACGUCCUCCAAGCAGAAACCACACAGCAAGUGUGCUGUCAGAAGUUUGAGAAAAUCUCUGAAUCUGCAAAACAAGAACUGAUAGAUUUCAAGACACGGCGAGUAGCAGCGUUCAGAAAGAACUUGGUGGAACUGGCCGAGCUGGAACUCAAACAUGCCAAGGGGAAUCUACAAUUGCUGCAGAGCUGUCUGGGGGUCCUGAAAGGGGACACUUAGGUCCUGGAGCCAGGUUCAGCAUAUAGGGCUUUCCCUGCUUUGGUCUCGUCUUCAUUCGGAAGAUGGAGGAGAGAACAUACCUGGGGUCAGUUUGUCUAAAGAGACGUCUGUACUUACCACUACCAGAGACACCAUACUCCCUCCACAACCCCCCCUAAAGUGAGGCAGUCCACUGUGGAAGAUCACCUGAUCCACACAGCACAAGAUAUACGACUUCAUUUAAUCACAUAUUUUUAACUUUUAAUUGUUCAUUGUUUUCCAUGAGAUUGGCUACAUCAUUCUCGUUUUGACCGUUUUUGUCCCGUUUGUUUUGUUAUUCUGUUUCGUUUCGCUUGUUUUUGUUUUCUCUGUUGUAAUCUUCGAAGUUAGUUUUGGUGAUCUGUGUGUGGAUGCUGCUCAGAUAUCUUGUUCAAGUUGAGCUGAUUGUUAUUACAAUUAAAGUGUAUGGUCACUCAAAGCCUUGUACAUGUGUUAGUUUUCAUCGUAUAGCUAUGGAUCAUCAUAAUCAGACUAAUUUUCUGCAAAGCAGUUUAUUCCUUUUUUUUUUUUUUUCAUUCCUAACAAAUAAUGCUUCAGUAUGUUUGCCUUAAAAUGUAGAUUAAUAUGACAUUGUUAAAAAGAAAUCAUACAUGGAUGCAUUUUUUCUCCAGACUUUUUUUAAGUGCACUGUAUAUGAAUGUUGUUUUCUUUUUCACAAUAUGUGACCAAAGCUUCCAUUUAUUCAGAUGGAGGAAUGCUGACAUAAACGCUGAUAACAAUGAUAAAAUGACCAUGAAAAUAACAAAAAAAAUAAAUAAAUAAAUGAUGCUGUUUACUUUAA